AUGGAUCCUCCCAAGAACGCCCGCACUUCGUCUGUCAAGGUGGAGAGCGAUGAAGCUGCAGCAAACGAUACCCAUCGCGCCUCCUCCAGCCACGAUAACCAGCCGUCAUUUGCCAUUACCGGUGCCCAGCACCCGGCUGCCAUCCAUGCUAAUCAGCUGGCCCCCAAUGCUGCUGGUCAAGAGAUUCCCUUCAUCUUCGUCACCAGCCCCGACGACCCAACCACCCUCCGGAAUACCCAGCCGGCUCCCAACAAUGGUGCUGAGCAAGAGAUACCCUACCUCAUGGCCUCCAACUAUGGAGAUGGAGGCAAUUACACAUAUGCGUACGGACAGGCCAACCGUGAUCUCACAGUCCCGCAGCCUGCGCAAUACGGCAACGCACCUACGUGGGCGCUGGAUGGCCUUCGACAAGCGGAUCACGGCUACGGAACCGCUGGAGAUGGCCUAACCUGCAACCCACAGGACAUCUUCAACGACAGCAAGCAUACUGCAGCCUCAUCGAGCUCUGGCAACAACCGUGGGCGAGCAACACCCACUCUCUUGGCCCCUUUCGAAUACACUCCUCGUCGUCAGGCUGCGACCAAUGACCCCACCCCCUCCGAGUUUGCGAGCAUGCUCAACCAUCGUCGUCAAGUUGCAUCCGAGGACUUGAGCGGCUUCGACUUCAACAGCACGAACAACAAUGCUCCCAGCUUUUCGGAUUUCGCCUCUGCCUUCGAAUUUCAAGGCACCAUGAACAACGAGCAGGUUACAUCCGACCUGUUGGAUAACUUGGGCUUUGACAGCACCACUGCGACCUAUCAGAAUCCGUCUGACUUGUUAGCCGACUUCGACUUUGAUAACGAGGCCGAUAAUGGCCAGAACUCGAAUGACUUCAAGGACUUUGGUGCUGGCAACACAGCUGGUCAGGACUCCGAGGACUUCAUGCCAGGACUCGGCUUCGGAAACACUAGUGCAUCUGAGCGGGACAGAGCCGAUAGCUUUGACCUUUCGAACCGCAACAACUCAGGUCACAACCUAGCCGAUCCCAUCCCGUUGUUCGACUAUGGAGAUAACGGCAGCACUGGUCUUGGUUCGUCUGCUUCCAUGGGCCUCAGCGACUUCACCACAGGUCCUGGUCUCUCCGAUCAUACAGCUGCGUUCGACAUGUCCAACUUCGACUCUCCCAUGGACACUGGUCGUAGGGCAUCCAAUACCACCGCUGGCUUCGGCUUGGGGGGAACGACAACCUCCGCUUCUGAUGCCUCUGCGCGUGCUGCCUCUCAGCGUAGACGCAACGCUACUCGGGCUGCUGAACCUUGGCGAGAUGCUGUUAGACUCGGUAACCGGCCAUACGACUCCAUGUUCCCUCGCUCGGACUGGGACCCUCCCUACUACACCGUGAACCCGUCGGCCCUCCACACUAGCGUUCCCAAUCAGCCUGCGAACCGUUCGUCUCUGUCUACCUCUCGUGGCCGUGCCUAUUCGCCUCUCACCAACCCCUACGCCUCCACUGGCACCUUGAGCAAUGCCUACCUCACUGUUCCGAGACCGGGUAGUGCAACCUCACGACCGUCCUCGACUGGCCUAGCACCCGCGCAAAACCUCGGCGACUCCCGCCAGUUUCACGACCAGCGCGACUUCUUCCAAGGCGGCCCGGGCAUCCCGCGAGGCUCCGCGUUCGACCCAUUCACGGUCAAUGAAUGGGACAAUUCCCAGCCCUCGUUGGGCGACCUGGACGUCCCGAACGAAUUCGAGCUACGCCGGGGCUCGGCUUUGGAGCAACUUCGCUCCGCUCCUCGCGCUGCUCCCACCGGACGACGCCGCACCUUCCGUGAAGCUUUGGGAGAACAUGACGACGACGAGGCCGGCGGAAGCGACAUCUACGUGUACAAGGACCCAGAGUCCGACGACGAGUACGUCCCGCCGACGAAGGCGAAGAAGCAGAAGAAGUCCAACAAGUCCAACAAGCCCGCCAAGUCGUCCACCAAGCCGGCCAAGCCGUCCCGCAAGCCUGCCGCCCGCGCCCCCGCCGCGUCGCCCUCCAGCUCGCCCAACAAGGAGAAAGAGGACCCGAAGCAGCCACGCAAGCUGCCGAUGAACCGGAAGAUGCGCGCGCCGCGCGGCAAGCUGAUGCGGCCCAAUCAGGACUUUUGGGAGAAGUGCUGCCUGGCGUUCGAGUACGAGUGGCGUGCUCGGCACGGCAUCGUCCCCUACGGGGACAUUGCCGAGCACGUCGACCCGUACUGCACGGGCAACGGCCUGCAGCAGGCCCUGUGGAAGCUGCGCCGCAAGCGCCUCGCGGCCGCCCUCGUCGUGCCGCCCGCCCCGCCCCAGACCCGCCGAGGCCUCCUGGCCGGCCCGCCGCCGCGUCGCGGUGCGCGGGCUGGCCCCUCCUCCGCUCCCGCUGCUCCCACCCCCGCUGAGGAGGGUGAGGACGACGAGGCGGAGGAGUCCGAGGAGGAGUCCGAGGAGGAGGAAUGA